AUGAUCAACAGAAAAGACUCUGACAUGCUCCACAGCUUGGAAAAACGGUUAGCAAAGAUUGAACAACAAACGCAUUACAUUAUCUUUACCCUCCAACAAUUAAAUAACAUACUCGAUGAAUACAUACAAAACCACGAGGAAAGUACACAGCACCCUCAUCACAUUACUUUAAACACACACCAUCCACCAAUUGAAACCGUCAAUAAUUCAAAUGUUGAAAAACCAGAGAAAAAGCCACCAGAAAUUAAUACCGAACGACCAACGCCACUAACACCUGAGAAAACAAGCAUGAGAAUACAACCCAAGAAACCACGUACAACCGUCAAAGCCAAGCCAAGAAGAAAAACUAACCAAAAGAUGAACAAAGUUCACAACCACGUUGUUCAUGACGACGAUGAAAUUGGACAAGCACUUACGAUCCACUUGACCAAACAUCAACUCGACAAGAAACAUGUAGUGGUUAGAGGAUUAAGAAAAAAACAUCUCACCCUUUAUUGGAUCCAGGAUUGCUCUCCACCCUGCUGUACCACGACUAUUAUGACAUGA